CUUUUGAGCAGAACAAGGAAAUCCUGUAAACAACUGGUGAAAAAAGUUGUAAAUUUUCGUCCAAAAUCGGUGCAACUCUAACUAGAAAGCGAACCAGUCGAGAGAUAAUGAUACCACAGAGCCGACUAGAACUGGGAGCUCGCAUCCGGAUCGGCCAGCACUAUGGAACCAUUCGUUACAUCGGAGAGGUGGCCAAUACCGAAGGCGAAUGGAUCGGGGUUGAAUGGGAUGAUCCACAACGGGGCAAACAUUCCGGAACGGUGAACGGUGUGGAGUACUUUUUGACAAGAAAUGAAAACGCAGGAUCAAUGAUUCGUAGCGAAAAGAUUCCUUCGUUUAUGACUUUGCUGGAAGCUAUAAAUGAUAAGUACAUUAUGACGAAGGAUACUUUGGGCUUGGAUGCGGAGAUGUUGAAAGAGGUACAGAAGCAGAUGCAUGCGUCCUUGUUUGAGGUUGUUGGAAUGGAGAAAAUUGGUGGCAAACAGAGUGACCUAAGCCACUUGGUUGACGUUUCGGUGGCAUAUUCGCCGGUUAGUUCCGCGGGAAAUUUGUCUGCUCUAACAAGUCUUUGUGCCCUGGACGUUUCGGCAACGCUUUUGUGGAAUUGGAAAAUUGUCGGCGAUAUGGUAGCACAGAUUCCCACUCUGCAGGAAAUUAAUCUCUCUAAUAAUCGGUUGGUUAGACCGACAGAUGAAGACAUCUGCUCGUUGGUUACUAAAUUCCAUGGUUUGAAAAAACUUAUAUUGAAAAAGUGCGCCCUCAGCUCCUGGCCGGAGCUGGUGCGUUUGGCUCGACUGUGGCCGAUGAUUGAGAAUCUCUCCCUCGAGGACAAUGAAAUACGUUUUAUUACUGAAGAAAGUUACGAAAUGGCACUGACAAAUUUACAAAGUUUGGAUCUUCAAAACAACCAGAUUAACGAUCCGCAAUCUAUUAAAUCACUGGGUCGACUGCCUGCUCUACAGGAGCUAUCGCUUAAUGGUAAUGGAAUUCGUCAGAUUGUGUUUCCGGAAGAGUGUCCCCAUACGGAAAAGAUCGCUCUAUUUCCCAAGUUGCGCGUGCUUUACCUACGCGAAAAUCCCAUUGCAAAUCAGUGUGCGAUUUUUAACGAGUUAGAUAAGUUGGCUGCCCUGGAACAUUUGACCAUGGACCCGGACCCGAGCGUGAGCUACGAGGAAACCGUUUCCCGUGCUGUCGGGUCGAUCGCUGGCCUCAAGACGUUUAACCGCUCGACUGUUGAGGAAAAACUGCGUCGUGACUCGGAAUGCGAUAUGUGGAAAAUGUACGCCGUUCAGUGGUAUUUGAUUCGGAACGAUGCCCAACAGUUGAAGGCAUUUUUCAAGGCACAUAGAAUGUAUCCGCGGGUAAUGGAAAGACUGGGCAGCCCGGAACAGUUUCUUCCCGACACUCGUAAGGUGUCCAACAUGCUGAAUCUACAUCUGUUGAACGAACGCACCGGAGAAAUGCACAAGAAAAAGGUCCCCAAGCAGAUAAAUUUGCAAACUUUGGAGAACUUAAUCGUCAAACUGUUCGGACCGCCGGCGGAUCGGCAGGGUGGUCUGCACCUGUCGCUGCUGGACAGAAAACGAGACGUCCGGAUUCCUCUAGAAAAACACGGCAAAAGUUUGGAUUUCUAUUCCGUCGAAGAUCAGGAUACCAUUGUGUUCUAGUAUUUUGUAACAUUGAACGACAAUGUCCCAGAAUUUCAACAAAAUAACUGAAAAAGAAAAAAUAUAUCUAUAUUUAUU